AUGGCUCCAUUUGAGCCCGAUGAAGCCAGAUUAUAUGGUAUUGAUUUGGUACUUUUGAAAGUCUCGUUGAAGAAGGGUAUCAUGAGGUUUGGAAAUCGGGGCAAAUUUAGUCCGAGGUUCAUCGGUUCAUUCGAGGUUUUGGAGCGAGUUAGUGAGGUUGCAUAUAGGAUUUCUUUGCCUCCUAGUCUAUCAAGAGUUCAUCCGAUAUUCCACGUCUCUAUGCUCCGUAGGUACCAUGCCAACAGGUCCCAUGUGUUGGAUUACAACACAAUUCAGCUAGAUGGGAGUUGUGGUUAUGAGGAAGAGCUAGUUACCAUUGUCGACAUGAAGGUUCGCAAGUUGAGGUCUAAGAUUGUAGCGUGA